UAUCACAUUUUUGUGUCUCAGAAAACAGCAGAGCAAAAUCAUUAGUAAAACUAACAUGACGAAAUAAAGAAAGGAAAGAAAAGAAAACAAUAUUGGGAGACAAACAAUGAAGGAAUUCUACAAAUAUGAAGAUUUUCAGUUUUGUAUUCUUUGGGUUCGAAGUACACUGCUGGUGUUUUUUUGAAUGUUCGAUUCGAUUGCAGGAAAUAUUCAUACCAGGUGAGGAAAAGAUGGCGGAGUUCCUGCGUGAUCCUGAACGGUACUUCAGCCCGGACGGAUUUAACUCCUUCUACCUGAAGAACCUGCUGUUCUUUGACUUCGGGCAGGACAACGCUCUGGAGCCGGACAACCCGCGUGUAGAGGGCAGCAUCCGGGUCAUCGCUGAGCGCUUUCACCUCGUCAUGCUAACGGAACACUUUGAGGAAUCACUCAUCCUGCUCAAGGACGCUCUCUGCUGGGAGCUGGACGACCUCCUCUUCUUCAAGCUCAACUGCCGUAAGGAAUCCACCGUAUCUAAACUGACCCCCGAGCUGAGGGCGAAGGCCCUGCAGUGGAACGGCGCCGACUGGAAGCUUUACCGACAUUUUAACCUGACCUUUUGGGAGAAGGUGGAGGCUUAUGGAAGCAAGCGUAUGGCGGAGGUUGUUGUAGAGCUCAGGAGGAGGAACGCAGAACUGGCGCAGAUCUGCAUUGAGGGAGGUCACUCUGUCGAGGCUGGAAGUAUUCAGGAGGCGGCCAUGCAGCCGUGGCAGCCCAUCGGAGAGAAGUCGAUCGAAGGAUACAAUUUGAAAAGAAAUGUAGAUAAAGCCCAUCAGGAGUUGUGCCGAAAGAUGUUAACCCCAGAAAUUCAAUAUCUGGCAGACUUGGGGGCGAACCUGUGGCUCACUAAGCUGUGGGGACAUGUGAGGAGGAUCAUUAACUGGUGA